CUGUUACAGAGAUGUAGUUUGUAGUUUAUUAGUUUGAUUAGCAAAAUGCAGGAGUCUCCGAAUUCACUCGGCAUGGAUGGAGGGUACACCAGCAAUGUCCCUGCCUUCCUCACUAAACUCUGGACUCUGGUGGAGGAUCCUGAAACAAACCAUCUCAUUUGCUGGAGUGCCACUGGUACAAGCUUCCAUGUCUUUGACCAGGGCAGAUUUGCCAAGGAGGUGUUACCGAAAUACUUCAAACACAACAACAUGGCAAGCUUCGUUCGGCAGCUAAACAUGUACGGGUUCAGGAAGGUGGUGAACAUUGAGCAGAGCGGGCUGGUGAAGCCAGAGAGGGAUGACACAGAGUUCCAGCAUCUGUACUUCCUGCAAAGCCAUGAGCACCUCCUGGAGCACAUCAAGCGGAAGGUUUCACUAGUGAAGAGCGAGGAGACGAAGGUCCGGCAGGAGGAUCUGAGCAAGCUGCUGUACGAGGUGCAGGUCCUGAGGAGUCAGCAGGAGAACAUGGAGUGCCAGAUGCAGGACAUGACACAUCAAAACGAAGUCCUCUGGCGGGAAGUUGUCUCUUUAAGACAGAACCACACACAGCAGCAGAAAGUAAUGAACAAGCUGAUUCAGUUCCUGUUCAGCCAGAUGCAAUCGAACUCGCAUAGCAGCGUUGGAAUCAAGAGAAAGCUACCUCUCAUGCUGGACGAUGGAAAUGCUGCCCCACCUGCCUCCAAGUUUAACCAUCCUCUGUCAAUGGAGCCUCUUCACGAUUCAUACUUUAUUGAGUCUCCAUCCGCAGAAACUGCCUCCUGUUCAAACAGUGCUGUAAUGGCUGGUGGACCAAUCAUAUCGGAUGUCACUGAAAUGCUACAGCCAGGUUCCAUAGCCAUGGCGUCACCAAUGGAGGAAUCCAGGGAGUGUCUGCUGCUGAUCAAGGAGGAGCCGGUGAGCCCCAGGGUGCGUGGGCGCGGGGAGGCGGUGUCGCUGGGCUCCUGCGAGGUGUGCGCCGAGCCACCCGUCCUGCCAGUCUCCAUGGUGCAGUCCGUCCUGGAGGAACGGGGCGCGGGGGGCUUGGAGAGGAGGACAAAGAGAGCCGCGCUCGAUAGGGCAGAAAUGAGCGACAGUGUGGAGAAUGUUGAUGUGAGCCUUGAGGAUCUACAAGUGCUGUUGAGGAGUCACCAGCAGAAUUUUGAGCUGUCCUCUGCCACUGAACCGUUCAAUACCACUCUUCCUUUAACUGAAUGGAACUUUACAGACAUGGAAGCCCAUUUGAAAUCGUACAUACUUUUGCACCAAGAUUCUGAAGCGUACAAUGGAUCUGCAUGUGAAGACCAGUGAAGCCCCAAACACAGUGAUAAAAUUAACUUGAACUGCUACAGAAAGAGGAAUGAAAUCUGCGAGGCCACGGCCAAGUGCUCAGAAUGCCUUGGGAGUUGCACCUUCGGCUUGGAUGGUACAUGCUGUCUUUUUAAACCAAAUAAAUGUGCGCCGUUGUUCAUUUGAAACUCCUUCAGAAGAAAAUGGGUUUGAGAUGUAUGGUUUUUAAAAACCUGCGUUGACCGAUAAGGACUUUGGACCACGUCUGACGGCAAAUCCAUGUUCGACAUCCUGGGGCUUCCUGAAGCAGCCUUUGUGUGAUGCAACAGGGGGAGGGGGGUGGGGGGGGCUAUGUCCUACAGAGGUAAAAGACAUCGGGUGAUGGUUCUGUGUAGAAAUUCGACCGACGUGCAGUGAUGUGACCCUAAACUGUGAUAACUAUCAAAUUAACGAAUUCAGGUACAGGAAGACUACUGUCCUAGACUGCCACUCUUUAGUUUUGGGUGGAAGCGGUCUUCUAAAACAAUGACAUCUGUUAUGUUCUGAAGUCUGGUCAUCCUCACUAAAACUGUGGACAUGCUACCUGUUGACUAUCUGUAGUUACAAUGUAGAGCAAGGUUGUAUUGCAAAUGGAUAUGAGCAACUGUGACGCUUGGGUGUACAGCGAACUUAACACAUGUUUUACUUGUACUGCAUUCUACUGCCAUGCACAGACGAAUAAUGACCACUAAACUCCAGAAAGGUAUAGUUACACCUGCUUUAAAAGUAACAUCAACUGCUGAAGGGCCACCAGACGCAUGCUUCGGCUUGGUUGGGGGAACUAUAAAGAGAGUGCUCCCAGGUUAUGUUUACUUGUGUGGAAAUGACAGUGGAAAGAAGGGAUCCAAUCCGAGGCGCACUGUAAUGAACCCUCAGCAACGUGGAUUCCUCUCUCCAUGCGACAUGGACUCACACUGCAAGUGGAACAGCCUACUACCGGUAUUCCCUUUAUAUAAUUAUCAUGAUGUUAUAUUUUUGAAAUACUAUAUAUUUGUAUUUAUAUAAAUACAUGCAUAAAGGAUAUUAAUCGUAUGUUUUUAAUGUUUUGCUUGUUUUUCCCUUUUGGAAUUUUCAUCACUGAAUGAGUUAAAGACCAUAUCUUGCUUUAUUUGCACAGCGCCAUCAAUAUUUCAGAUUUCUUUAAGCAACAGUAUAAAUGUGUUUAUUGUGCUAUAUUACAGACCUUUGCUGUUUUGAUUGAGUUGUCAACAACGACUUUUAUUUUUGUGCAUAUGGAAGAUGUUAUAUUUUUACAUGUUCCAUUCACCCUUGCCCCAUAAAUGAAAAAAAAGUGAUUGAUGCGACACUAAAGCCACUUGGGGAGUCUCGACCUGAAGCCACAAGGCAGAUCUUGCUAACGACCUUGCUAACGCAUCCAGUGGGUGAUCAGCACUUGCUGAAAACAUGACUGUCAUUCACGCCAUGCAGUCACGCUUUCUGCACGUGUUGAUCAUGCUUUAUUAAGGGUAGUGUGAAUACGGUACCAGAUCUUCCACUUAAGGACUGCAAUGCAUUACCAGCAUGUCAGCACUUUGAGUAUUUAGCUUAUGGUUUACACUGUGCUGCACCUGUUUCUCUAUCUCUAUAUUGGAGUGUAUCCUUACGGUUUACACUGUGCUGCACCUGUCGCGCUAUCGCUAUAGAUGCUUGUGCUCUUAAUUAAGAAAUGUGCAAUAAGAUGACCGUUGGAAUGUAAAGAAAAAUGUAAUGUAUGGGCUUUACUAAAUACAAUGGUAGACCUGCAAUACAGUGGCAAACACAUUGAACUAGGAAUACACACUGCAUGGGCAUAGACAGGCUUGAUCAUGAUUAGUCCUUGUUUGGUAUUUGUAGACAGUUAAUUUGGUGUGGUAUGAAAUGGUUGCUUAUCUUCAGGAUUUUUUAAAAGUUGCAGUACUGCUUUAAUUUUUAUUUUUUUGAUGAGAUUUGCACUGGCAUAAAUGAAUGUAACACCAGCAGUCAAAGAAUUGCUGCCUAUCAUGUACAGUAAUUAGGGCUUCUGAUUUUCAAUUUUAACCUACUACUACUACAAAGAAAACCACCUUUCCCAGUGCAGCUGAGCAAUGUCCUUCCUUCCUGACUUGUAGCUAUCAUUAAUUCGUUCUUAAUACUUUAAACCCACACCAGCUUCUGAGUGGCAGCACAUUCCUACAUUUAUACUGGAGACUCCGCUUGUGAGAUUUAAAACGAGAUUACAAUUAGGAAUGGAGGCUUGUUCACGGGAUUUAAAGCUGUAUUUACAGUUACGAUACUCAGAGGAUUUAAAAUAGAAUUGCAAAUUGUGGUGAAAUGUAAAAAAAUGCCUACACACAAAAAAACCCCAGAAGAAUGUGCCUGUGACCAUGAGGAUUUCGUUGUUGAAGACAGCAAAGGAAAGAAGGUACAACUUAUGCGUGCAAGUACUGUCGAGUUACUACUAUACAUAUUUUGACAGAAAAUAAUGGGCAAGCGUUUUGGAAAGUAACCGAAAACAAUAAUUUCAGACAGUAUAUAAAAAGCAAAAGCCCAGAAAAAAACGAUUUACAUUAAAAAAAAAAAAAAAAAAAAGCUUUACGAAAAA